AGGCCGCUUCCGCUUCCGCCGCCGCCUGAGGGGAAACCGAUCCAUCCCGAGCAAGAUGGCGUCGCUCUCCGUCUUGCAGGCCUCGCCGGCCGGCGCUGCCGGAGGAUUCAGCUUCCACAACUGCGCCAGGAAUUCUCACCUUGAGGCGGAGGGGACCAAGAAGGGCCUGCGUCUUCCCACGGCCCGCAAGACUGGCACCACCAUUGCUGGGGUAGUGUUUAAGGAUGGGGUAGUACUUGGAGCAGAUACAAGAGCCACUGAAGGGAUGGUUGUUGCUGACAAGAACUGUUCAAAAAUACACUAUAUAUCUCCAAACAUUUAUUGUUGCGGUGCUGGAACGGCUGCAGACACAGAAAUGACAACUCAGUUGAUCUCUUCUAACAUGGAACUCCACUCGCUCUCAACUGGACGGCUUCCAAGGGUGGUCACAGCCAACCGGAUGCUCAAGCAGAUGCUCUUCAGGUAUCAAGGUUACAUUGGCGCAGCCCUGGUUCUGGGUGGGGUGGAUGUCACUGGAGCCCAUCUUUACAGCAUCUAUCCUCAUGGAUCUACUGACAAAUUGCCUUAUGUCACAAUGGGUUCGGGUUCAUUGGCAGCUAUGGCAGUUUUUGAAGACAAAUUCAAGCCUGACAUGGAGGAGGAAGAAGCCAAACAGCUUGUGAGAGACGCCAUAGCAGCUGGCAUAUACAACGAUCUGGGCUCUGGCAGCAACAUUGAUCUUUGCGUGCUCAGUAAGAACAAGCUGGACUUCCUCCGUCCCUAUGAUAUGCCCAACAAAAAGGGGAAAAGGCAAGGGCGAUACAGCUGUGAGAGGGGAACUACAGGUGUGCUCUAUACGAAGGUUACACCCUUGGAUCUUGAAGUGGCAGAUGAGACGGUGCAAACAAUGGAUACAUCUUGACUUCCUGGAAACUUCUGGGCAGUGGAAGAGGAUUGAGAAUUUUCAUACAUGAAUUCUGUAUCUGUAUGCUGGCAUCAAUGUUCUGUAUGCAGAUUUAAUAAAAACCAAUAUGAAUUGA